AUGGCUAGCCGAGGUGCGGUGGGGCUUCGCUGCGUCCUGCUCCUAAUCUGCCGGAUCGCCCCGUUAGCUAGCGGAGCCUCCUACCGGGUGCGGCCCCAGUCUACUGCCGUUCAGCACGGGCAAACCGCGGUUCUGAGGUGUGCUUUUGAUAACAUCGGUGACAAGGAAGCUGUAGUAUGGCAGGGACAGUUGGCAAUAAUAUCCUACGGCACCAAUGUACUUCACGUCUACACACGUCAUCGGAUCGUGGGGGACACGUCACGGGGCGAGUUCAACCUGGAGAUCCGGGACAUCAAACUGGAGGAUGACGGGAAAUACAGCUGCUACACCGACCCAAUGGCGGCUGCUGACGCCAUCUUAACUGUUGUUGUCCCGAUGCCAAACCCUCCACAGAUAUCAGGAGGUGAGCUGACGUUGACGUCAGGUGAGCAGCUGUCUCUCACCUGCCGAGCGUCAGGUGGGCACCCCGCGCCCCGACUUACCUGGCUCAACGGGACAGAACCAUUCCAAUCUUUUGGAGUUUCUAGUGGCGAAUCCCAGAGCCUGGAGCUGUUCUUGCCGCGUGUGACGAAAUGGGAUCACGGCGCCAAUUUCACCUGUCUGGCCGACCAGGGCUUCCCCCAACUCGCCAGGCCUAAAGCCUCCUCCAGGAUACUCAGAGUCAAGUACCCCCCGGCAGUGUCGGUGCCCAGUCCGUCCGUCCACGUGAGAGAGGGCGAGCCGGCCAGUCUCAGCUGUAUGGUAGACAGCAACCCCAAGGCCACUGUAACAUGGCGGAAAGUCGGAGAAGUUCUACCAUCACUAAAUAUUAUCUGGGACCACGUGAUGCAGCUUCCGAAGGUGACCCGGAAGGACGGCGGACUGUACCAUUGUGAGGCGGAUAAUGGGGUCCGCCCUGUGGGACUCGGAUCUGUCACCAUGCAGGUUUACUACCCUCCUGUGAUAGAGGCUACCAUGGAGGACAAAGUGACGAUGUUGUACGGCCAGGAUGAUCAGUCCCUGCGGUGUCUCGCCGACGGGAACCCCAAACCUCACAUCCGCUGGCGGCGGAAGGAUACAAGUCUGUACUGGGACAACCCGCUCCGCUUCCAGCAGGUGCGUUACGACGUGCAGGGCACGUAUCAAUGCGUGGCUGCCAGCGACGGCUUCCAGGAAGUCACCAAGGACGUCUACGUGGACGUCGUAGGGAAGCCAUCAAUACAGACGGACGCGCCAUCGGCUGCAGCCGCCCAGGGAACUCUCGCGAGACUUCACUGCGAGAUUCUCGGGGACCCGCUCCCCGGCAGGAUCACGUGGUCAUGGCGGAACAAGCAAGGCGCAGAGAACGUUCUCAUGGCAACAGACGUCGGGCUGUCAAUUAUCGAGAAGCCGGUGGAUGACGGGACUUCCAGCACCCUCCUCCUGAAGGAUGUCGGGAAAUCUCAGGAAGGGACGUACAUCUGUCAGGCUGCCAACAUGUUCGGGGAGGCUCGGAGGGAGAUUCACCUGGAAGUUACAGGAUCAGACCAGCCGCUGGUGGUUCUGUCCGUGUGCGCGGCGGCCGCUGUCCUGGUGGUGCUGGCAGCUGUUUGUGUGUGCUGGGCCGUCAGGUCACGACUGAUCUGCAGAUAUAAGAGAAAAGGUGUUAAACACGCAAGCCCGGGCCGCUCCGUAUCUGUUGUGCCAAAGCCCGGGAAGAGGCUGGGCCAUGGUACGAACGACUCCGGUGUGGAGGACCUGGAACUGCAGGAGUUGGACGGGACCCUGAAGCCACGUCCGCCGCCUCGGGGGGACAAACAGUGGACAAACGUCGGACUCUCCUACUCAGGGCUGGCGCAUGCGCACGCCACCACCUUACCUCCCUACACGACCGUGGAGCGGCACCGUCCGGACGGCGAGGACAUCAGCGCAUGCGCACGGGAGGACAUCCCGGAGGAAUCCGGAUUGUCAAGUGACGAGUACAUAACGAUCGAGGCUCCUCCCGAGCCUCCUCCCAAGAUGCAGCGGGGCCGCUGGAAGACCACAGCGCCUCCUGGUGGUGUCUCUGUGCGCUGCAGUAUGCACGAGGCAGAGAACGAGCUGAACGAAAUCCAACAGGCCGACAGCAUCUGAACAGGCCGAGAGCAUCUGAACAGGCCGACAGUAUCUGAACAGGCCGACGAUAUCUGAACAGGCCGACGAUAUCCGA